AUGAACUUUCAACUCGGUCACUUCAAUUCAUCGGACAAGCCCCCUUUCAUCACUUCAAAUGUCUCCUCAACAGAAUCUGUAAAUGCCCUCGCAGAUAUUUCUUCACUAGAUUUUUCAGGUGUGACUAAUUUCAACCGCAACAACACCCAUAACAAUGCCCAUAAAGACCCAUUCAAGAAAUUCAUCUCCAUCACUCUUCUCAUCAAUGACUUUGUCAAGGAUUACGAUACCCUGCUAUGCGAUGAUAUCACUGUUGAAAUCACUAGAUAG